AAAAGGAUAUAGAGGCUUGCAUGGCGACACCCGAGAGGAGGUCACGAUGGAUGGAGAGAUGCAGAGGGGGAGAAGGGGAAAGAGAAGCGAGACUGGAGUAGGGAGGCGGGCGGCGGUGAUGGUGAUUGUGGUGAUGGAGGGGGGGAUUGAGCACAUGAGAGGAUAACUGCCUGUUUGCUCACUCUUGUCGUCUUGCUCCCCCUCCUGUCCAUUCACUUCCACUCGCAAGCGCUCAGACCGCGAGGCGGCAGCUCCGAGGGAUGGCUACAAAGGUCCCCACGUGAAGAGGAGCGACUCCGCGGCACCAAAGACGAAAGGAGAGAGGGGAGACAUCAGGCGGACGGCGAGAGGAAGGCGGCAGCAGUGACACCGAGGCGGGAAUAAAAAGCAAACACCAGCGGGACGCGAGGACCGGAGGAGGAGACGUGAGGGAAGAGCGGAGGAGAGAUGUGGAGCUUCUACUGUAUUGAACCAUGGGGAAAUGAGUCACUGAAAGAAGGACUGAGAGAAGAAAGGAGCGUUGAAGGGGAGCAAUAAAACGAAGGAAGUGAGAACGACAAAAGCUGAAUGACGUAGGGUAUGAUGGAGAGGCCGGUCCUGUCCAUAACUUGGCCGUCCUUUCUGCUACGGGCUUGGGGGACAAGGCAGUUGGAGAGGUCGUCCAACUAAUGUGAUGGACAGAAAACUGAUGGACAGGUUGCAUCCUCCCUGCUUAUUCAGUAGUAAUCUUCCUGGCUCAAUCAAGGGUUUAUAUGCUGGGAAGAGCAAAGAAAAACGGAUAUACGUAGCAACACAGCAAUUUGGAAGCCGAAAGGAUAAAUAAUAUUCAUGCUGCAUAUAUUUAUUUUUUUAUGUGUAGAACAGAAAGGACUUUUUUCUUUGGGUUACGAUAUAGCCGUAAUCUACACCUCCCUUAGACCUUUCCUCACAUUACUGUGUGAAUAUGAUAAUUCUGUCUAUUUUUGAGGACAAUUUUAACUGCAAAGUAAGUCCUUGGAGUAAAGACAAGGGAUAAUAAGCAGUGCAUGAGCCAAUAGUGAACAAGUGUAUUUGUGGUUUUAAGAACUAUAAGGCCAAUGGAAGGUCACUGGCCUUGGUGAUGUGCUGAUACAACCAGGCCAUCACAAUACAACUGCACUGCCUGCAAAGACUUUGGAUGGUGGGGGACAGUGAGACGCAAGAGCAAUGGUGAGCAAAGAGCCCAACCACUUGCUGACGGGCCAAACCAACGGCAAGAGCGCCCUGGCGGAAAAGUCUGGGACCAUGACGGUGCGCUCCGUGCUGCUCAAUCGUGACUCCCCGGACAUCGAAAGUCGCCUCAAGAGGCGUCGCAAUCGCACCCAUCAGGUCCGCUUUAAAGACCUGGAGGAUGGGAGCAGCAGCAGUGGGAAUAGUGGAACGGGAGAAAACAACAGCCAUCAGAAGUCGCUGGCAGACUGCAACAGCCCUCAUCCUCUCCGCAAACACAGUGGCAGGUCCCCAAAGCCGUGGGCGGACAGGGAUGGUCCACGCACAGACAGUCUCCCUGGUCAAACAUCUGUGGUGGGGGCAGUGCGUGGGGACAUGGCUAGUACUAUAGAGGUUGUGGCUGCUUUCUUGGCCAGGGCCCCUCCUCAUCCACUGACACCAGGCCCCACACGUCGAUGCUGGGCACCACCACAGACUAACUCCCUGACCUUGCCAAUGACGCGAAAGCCCAGCACCAGCACAGCCAUCCAAACCUCACCAUGCCUGAAAAAGUCUCUCUCUUCCACGCACACACGUAGCCACAGUCUGGGUGACUCUGUUGGCAUAGAUGGUGAUGAUGAACACGACUCCCAGGACGAAUACCUUUCACACAAUCAUGUGCAGCUGCCUGGGUCCAAGGAUCAGAAUGGUCCCCAGGGGUCUGCAGAUCAAACUGUGAUAGAACGGAGGUCAAAAUCCUCCAGGACAGACAUUAUAUCAACUGUUGCUGUCUCAAAAAACUCCAGGCACAGCUGUCCUCCAUCAGUCCUUCACAAUACUGAGCCAACCCAUUCUUCCUCUGUAUCCUGCAGAGAUGGCCCCAAGCGGCAGGGAAGCGUCACUCCUUCACUGGUCAGGAGGCGAAAGCGUCUGAAUAGGACGACAAGCGAUCCUGGAAAGGAAGUGCACUACUGCACCACUCCCACUCAGACUGAGAGCCCCUGUUCAACCUCAAAUACCAGGCUCUGCAGCGCUCAAGUUCAAACUCAGUGUGCUGGUCAUUCAAAAUAUUGCACUACACAAAGUCAAACUGAGGGUCAACAUCAGACUCCACUUUUGAAAGACAAACAAUCCACAGUCCAAAUUCAACACAGCGUCACCGAUUCAGCUCCACCUUUAAAUGCUGCACAACGCACCACUCAUAUACAAAUAGACUCUCCCUGCCCUUUGCCUCCAAGCCAUCCACCAUCGGAAACACAACCACACAACCUGUGUGCUUCUCCAACUCCGCUUGAGACACCAAAAUCAGUGCAAAUUAAAUCGGAGAGUCCUCAACCACCAAAUGUGUUAGAGGACUCUGAACCACCAAAUGUGUUAGAGGACUCUGCCUCCACGCUAAUAACUACUGUGCCUUACUGUACAUCUCCCCCACCUGCAAGCGCACCAACACAGACGCCUGAAGUAUGCACUGAGCCAUCUUGCUCCUCUUCAGUGGAGCCAGCAUGCACCACCCAAGAUACGCUCAUGGCACUACCCGUUCCUUGCUCUGCACCUGCUGUGUUAACACACCCCAUCCCGUACUAUACUCAUGUGACACCACCAGCGACCACCAGUGCACCCCUUGUCCACUCCAGUCCGUCUCCAGAACUACCAGCAUGCUGCACCCAUAACUGCACCUCCCCUAUCCCAAACAUGGUAUCGUCACCUCCCCUCACCUGUCUUACCACUAGUCCAACUACUACCACUAAUGUGACACCAUGUGAACCCAUGCACCAGACCACUGCUCCAAAUGCAACACAUCCACCACCACCACCACCAUCAAAUACCUCACCCUCUACAAAUCUAACACCAUGUACAAUAGUGACUCAAACUGCUUUAUCUUGUACCUCCAUCUCCUAUUACACCAAUACACACCCUGUCCGUCCGCAUGGGCCUCUCCAGAACCCUGCUACUCCUUCUUGUGCAACUCUCAUACACACUGUCUCACACUGCAACAUCCCAUGUCAAGCUUUGCAAAAUGCCUCCUCCGUCAGCAUAGGCAUUGCGCCCUAUUCCUCUCCCGUUCCCAAACUAACAUGUAUAUCGCCACCCCCACUCGUAAAAACAUAUCCUCCCAAUCAUCCAAACGCUUGUGCAACUCCAACAAAAACUGUUCCUCUGUACUCAUCAACAUUUCGAGCAGCGCCGCCAUACACCCCUCCUUCUCAGGCCCCUUUGAACGCUCAGGAUAAGAGGGGCAUUCGACUCCCGCCCCCUGCACCGCCACCACCACCCUACACACCUCGCAAAACUGGGAAUGAUCCGCCGAGCACUGCAAUUCGAACACCCAUGCUCAGGGCAGACAUCAAGGCCAACGAGAAGGAUAAAGACGAGGAGAAGGAGAAAAAAGAAGCUAUAAAAUGUGCGGACACACCAAAGCUCUGUGAGAGAGCUACUUCUCUUAAGCACAGGGCUAAAACUCCGCCAGUUUGUGUGAUGAAGGGAGAAAGGCAAUCCUCUCCCGCCAAGGCCUGUUUUAAGCCCAGCUGUCUCAGCUCAGCCCAGGCUCAGCUUGGGGUACUACACAAAAUGCUUUGUGCAGGAGCCAACGCUCCCAACAGUCAACAUGCUCUCCCUCCAAACCAGCAAGGCUGCACUGGGGCCAAGGGUUGUGCCAUUUCCGGGGAGAAGUCCCUGACACCUGCCCAGGCUGACACUUUAAGACAGGUGCAAGAAAUUCUUGGUGGCUUAGUAGCUGGGGCCAGGUGUAAAUUGGACCCGGCCCGAGUGACAGAGAAACUCCUGGGUCCCAAAGGGCCCUUGCACGAUAUUCGCAGCCUGCAGAACCAGCUCCACAGCUUGGAGGGGGUCCUGGAGACCAGCCAGAAUACCAUCAAGGUCCUGCUGGAUGUCAUUCAAGAUCUGGAGAAGAAGGAGGCUGAGAAGGAUGGAAGACAUUCUUACCGAACCGGCCAGGACAUUGAGAACUGUGGGACCUGCAGGGACUGUGCCUGCAUUAUCUACAGUGUAGAGCACGACUUUCGUCUUCAGGAAGGACAGGUGGUCCGCACGUGGAAAGUCGGCGAUCCUCCCGAGGGUUCGCCCCAGAUUGUUGCAGAAACCACCCCUCCAUGCACCACACCCAACCAACAGGAGUCCCCCCAAGCAGUCCGUCCCCCUGCUACCACCAAAAAGAACAGGAAAAAAUGCUUCUGGUUCCUCUGAUUUGUGUAGGAAGUGGGAGGGGGCAAAAAAAAAACAUUUUGCUACUGAAAUACCCAUCAUAAAAAUUGCAAAAAGAAGGUGGAUUUCAUAUGGAGGCAAGUGUGCCGUGACCUGGAGGAUAAAAAUGCAAAUAUACAAAACUGUGGGAGGAGAGGGAGGAGACAAAGGUUCAGAAGUGACGGUUUUUUGUUGGAGAUGAUGACAAAGGUUCGAUGUGUUGUUGGAACUCUCCAAAAGCCUCUUCAGCUUUGUUAUGGCUGCAGGAAGGUAAAAGUGCAAUAUGACUCAGUUAUAAAGCAAUGAUGGGAUGUAAAGAGAAUAUAUACUGAUAAUAUACUGUAUAUCUAAGUAAUAUUUAUGUCAAGGAUUGAACAUGAAACAAAGAGAAUUCACAAGAGGAAGAUUCAGAGUCAUCUUCACUAAUGGACUAAUGAGGGUCAGAACACCAGCUUUUAUAUUCAGAGACAUUUCAAGACAUUAUCAAAGAACUGUAUUUAAAAUAAAUUCUUUUAAUAUUGUAAUUGUGGGACAAACCACUACUUCGCAUUUCAAAAUGAGCAAACACUCCCCACCCCGCACACACUCACUCACAUAUGAGCAAAGGACAUUUACCGAAAAAGAGUAUAUACAGUAUAUACAAAUUGAGAGACUUCUGUGUAUAUCAGAGAUAUUCUGCCAUGUUAUAUUUCAGAUAUGGAUAACUGCUCUAUAAAUAUAAAGUAUUUUACCACA